AAUGCCAUAUAAUAAGAAGACUACUGGAAAAAGAGCCCCUACAAAACGGAAGCUUGCUGAAGUGUUUGCUCUGGGAGAGGUUCUAGCAGACACAUCAAGAAAAGAAUGGAAAUUAGGUGUCUCUAUAGGGCAAGGAGGCUUUGGACGCCUAUACCUUGCUGAUGUUAAUUCCUCAAAGUCCGUUGGCAGUGAUGCACCUUAUGUUGCAAAAGUGGAACCCAGCCAGAAUGGACCUCUUUUUACUGAGUUAAAGUUCUACAUGCGAGCUGCUAAGCCAGAUGAAAUUCAGAAGUGGACUAAGUCCCAUAAACUGAAAUAUUUAGGUGUACCAAGAUAUUGGGGUUCUGGCUUGCAUGAAAAAAAUGGAAACAGUUACCGAUUUAUGAUAAUGGACCGAUUUGGCAGUGAUCUUCAGAAGAUGUAUGAAGAGAACGGAAAACGAUUUUCCCAUAAAACUGUACUACAAUUAGGCCUGAGAAUACUUGAUAUCCUGGAAUACAUCCAUGAGCAUGAAUAUGUGCACGGAGACAUUAAGGCCUCAAACCUUCUUUUGAGUUACAAGAACCCUAAUCAGGUGUACUUGGUGGAUUAUGGACUUGCCUACAGAUACUGUCCUGAAGGAGUUCACAAAGAAUAUAAAGAAGAUCCUAAAAGGUGUCACGAUGGAACUAUUGAAUAUACCAGUAUUGAUGCUCACAAGGGUGUGGCACCAUCAAGACGUGGUGAUCUGGAAAUCUUGGGUUACUGUAUGAUUCAUUGGCUUAGUGGCCACCUACCAUGGGAUGAUAAUUUGAAAGAUCCAGAUUUUGUCAGAGACUCAAAAAUCAGAUGUAGAGAUGAUAUUUCUGUAUUGAUGGACAAAUGCUUUCCUGGGAAAAAUAAACCAGAUGAAGUAGCCAAAUAUAUGGAAAAGGUGAAACUACUGAGCUAUGAAGAAAAGCCUGUGUAUCAGCAUUUCCGAGAAAUACUUCUGCAAGGUCUUAAGGCCAUUGGGCAAAAAGAUGAUGGAGUACUUGACUGUGGCUUGUCAGAGAAUGGAGACAUGCAAAGGAAUCCUGUGCAAAAGAAGAAAAGAAAGGCAGCAGCUGCAUCCAAUGAGAUCACUGAAGCAGAAACAGAAGAUACAGGAAGUCCAAAAAAAAAGAAAACUACUACUGGUAAUGCCGUAGCCACCAGAACCCGGAAGAUCACGUCACCAAAAACCAAGAAAGGUGCAGCAACCAGAAGGAGAGUGAGAGUUCAGAAGUAA